GGCGCGCCGGCCGCGGGAGGAGCGGGGCGCAUGCGCGGAGGAGGCGGCCGCGGGGACGGCGGUGGACAGUGCCUCCCGCUUCUUGAAAACAAUAUAUCCCCCGUCUCCCAGGAGGGAUAGAGCGGCGGCGGCGUGACGGCGGGCUGAGCGACGCCGGCGAAGCCGCGGAGGUACAGUGCGGGCGGAGGGCCUGGCUGGGGGAUGGUGAGCGGGUUCCGGGCCCGGGCAGCCUGCGACCAGACUCCGCCUCCCGCCCGCCACAGCCGCAGCCGCAGCCUCGGCCCCGCAGCCCGGCGCCGCGGGGAGAGCCGCCCGCCCGGCCCCGCGCACAAGAGGGGGCGCCCCGCGGGGGUGAGGAAAAAUGGCAAAGAGAAUUGCAGAGAAGGAACUGACUGACAGAAACUGGGAUCAGGAGGAUGAGGCUGAGGAGGUGGGAACAUUCUCAGUUGCUAGCGAGGAAGUCCUGAAGAACAGAGCUAUUAAAAAAGCCAAGCGCCGAAAUGUUGGAUCAGAGUCUGAAAGUGGAGGAGCUUUUAAAGGAUUUAAAGGCUUUAUAUUGCCUUCUGGAAAAGGAGGAGGUGGCUUCAGCGGAUUUGGUAAUGGUGCAGGUAUAAAGCCUUUAGAAGGGCUGUUGAAUGGAAGCAGUAGUGUCUCUAGCACUCCUUCUUUCAGCAGUUUGAAGACCACUUCGGAAGCACAAUCAGCAUUUGGAUCCACAAUGUCCAAUGGUCCCACUACUACUGCAUUUACUGAUAAAACGGCUGCAAGCCCAAAAGCUAAUGGUGGCAGUCAACCGUCCUCAUCUGGCUACGCUCAGAGUAAAGUUUGUAGCUCUAGUGUUUACCACAAGCAGUUGGCGGCUUUAAACUGUUCUGUGCGUGACUGGAUAGUUAAGCAUGUAAACACAAACCCACUAUGUGACCUGACACCCAUCUUUAGAGACUAUGAGAAGUAUUUAGCAAAUAUUGAACAGCAACAUGGAAGCAGUAGCGAUAGUGGCUCUGAAAACGAAAGCAACAAGACACCUGGCUCUCAGUCAACAGUUUCUACGUUUGGGAAUUCAAAGCUGCAGCAAGGAACAACAUUUUUGUUCAGCAACAACAAAACUGAUGAUACCUCGGACAAAAAACCUGAAGCUGCACCUGAAAAAAAAGACCCAUCAUUAGGAGCUACAUCAACUGUCUCUUUUAAUUUUGGCAAGAGUGUCGACAGUUCUGUCUUGGGUUCCAUUGGUUCAGGAACACUUAGUAGUUUCUCAUUUUCUCCUGGGAAUUCAGGUUUCUUUGGAAAAGAUGCAAACCAGACUAAACCUGCCUCUGCAGUAUCCACCAAUAUAUUGGAAGCUCAGACAGAAAGUGGCAGUAAUGAUGAUAAAGGAGGAGAAGAGGAGGAAGAAGAGCCACCAAAAGUCAUUGUUAAUGAAAUAAAAGAGGAUGAUGCUUUCUACUCAAAGAAGUGCAAACUUUUCUACAAAAAGGAUAAUGAAUUUAAAGAAAAAGGUGUAGGAACAUUACAUUUAAAACCAGCAGGAAAUGAAAAAACUCAGCUCCUAGUCCGAGCAGACACCAAUUUAGGAAACAUACUGUUGAAUGUUCUAAUUCCACCUAAGAUGCCGUGUACAAGAACCGGAAAAAACAAUGUUCUUAUAGUCUGUGUUCCUAAUCCACCUAUUGAUGAGAAGAAUCCAGCUGUUCCUGUCACUAUGUUAAUAAGGGUGAAAACAAGUGAGGAUGCAGAUGAGUUGCACAAAAUCUUACUGGAGAAAAAGGAGGCUUAAAUAAGUUGCAGUCUGUGAUCUGAAGAAUUAUUGCCAAACUGCUGCUGCUCUUUUCUUCUUCCGUAUCUUCACUUGAACACUUAACUCUGAUAUUAAGAACUGUUAGAGGAAUUAUGGAAAAAUUCUGUGAGGAAAAGCUAAACUAGCUAAUAAAAGCUUUAACAGAACACAAGUGUUGGACUGUGCUCCCUCAUUUUUCACUGUCUAAAUGCAGAACCUCUUCUGGAUAAAGCACACUGAUGUAAACUAAAGCGUAUGUUUUUAACACUGGUCGAUUUGAUCGAAGGGACUGAAAUCAAGAGUACAAAAAAUGGUACCAGAGCUUCCUCACAGACUGCAGUGCAAUGCAACAACUUCCUGUUUGAAGAAGGGAGGAUGUUGAACUGUUGAAACUGUUUCUAGACUCCAGAUUUUUAAUUUUAAGUGGUCUGUCAUAUUCUGAUGAGACUUUUCAGGCUGUCGGUGACAACAAUGUACUGCAGCAACAAUGAUAUAUUGUACUGUGGUUUAACUCUGACAGACUCGUGUGCUUUUGGGACUCAGAGACUGCAUCUCCAGAUACUUAAAAGAAAAUUUGCUUGCGUAGUCUUGUUGACAGUAGUGUUUCUUAGAGAAGAACUGUCAGUUCGGUUCUUACUGUAGCAACAGGCUAAUGAUGUGCAAUAGUACAAGCAGAAAACUGGAAGACUGUUUAACCUGGACCACAACCACAGCUGGCAUUUGCUGACUGCUGCCAAGCCCGAGGCCAAGGGUUGCACUUCCAUUAUGGUCCCUCCCAGGUAUUCCUCCCUCCUCCCUUGGGCUAAAACUGAAACCCAGCAGAGGCAGAAUUGUAAAUGUUGUACUUGUCGUGCUCCUAGUACUUUUCUGAAGAUGUCUCUUUUCACAAACAAAUUUCAGGAUUUUUAUAGAUCUUUAUAUUGCCUCUGGCCAUUACCAAGAAUACGUGCAUAAAUGUGUCUGUGUGUGUCAGUAAUCAUUUUUCCCGUGUGCUAAAACUACAGUGCUUUACUGCGUUACAUUAAGUAAAGCAGUAGUUUGCAGCUUUAGGACAAGCUUUCUCUUACAAAAGUAGGGAGCACUGGGUUAAUCUACAAGUUAGUUUUCAGCUGUGUUAAAAUUAACCAUUUGGCAAUAAUUUGUGGAUCAGAACAUCAUUGUGGUCUCAGUUUCCAUCUCAACUUUAUCAGACCUUGUUUGGUUAUUUAAUCUUUUUUCAGAUCUUGUUUGCUGGAAACACCUUUCCUAUUGUGUCUUUUUCUGCUUCACUUCAAGCUCUGGAAACUGUCCAAGAGCUGGAUGUUAAUAUUAAACUUGAACUGCUGUGUGAUCUGUCACACAGACCAGCUCUGGAGAAUGAAAACACACCAACCUGUCUCUGGCUAAUGUGGCACAGAAGAAAAUCCCAUUCUUUAAAAAAAAAAUCACAAGCAACCUGGAAAUCCACAGUAGUGGUGUCCUGUGGGUGGGGGAAAAACAGUAGCACCAUUUGAUGAGAUGCAGCACAUCUCACCUGCUUCCCACUGCUCUCUAGGGGGGGACAAACGGCUGCCUUUAGUCCUCAUUGACUGCACAAUUCAGGUUAUGGCCUUUUUUUAUUCCCUCUUAACUAAAAGGAGGGAAAACUUUAUAUGAUCUAUAGCCCCCUUGACCAAAGUUCUAAAACAAAGGCCUUUGCUCACAUAUCAACUACACUGAGGUCACAGGAAUUGCAUUUUUAACAAGUGUAAAGGAAGCUUAGCUAGGAUUUCAAAUAUUAUUUGAAAUAUAAACUGGUGCCUUUUUAUUUGUGCAUCUGGCUCAGUACUUAAAACAUUAAAACUAAGUGACAUUACUUUCCUCAAAAUAAUGUGCUUUUAAAAUAAAAAGGCUUGCUAAUAGAGAAAUUGGAAGCCAAAAGCUGAAGGCUUGCACGUUAACUCUGUAUGAAUGAAAAGCAGAACGUUGCCGGAAAGUUUAUUAUUAAUACAGGCUCAGGUUUAAUGCCCAAGGGCUCAGUUAAUUUUGCAUUUUGUCUUUUGAGUGUGGUGUCUUACACGUGUCUCUGCGCAGAAAGGUUUAUAGACCAGAGCGCUGGAUGUGGGAAGCAGAUUUGUUACGCAUCCCGCUCAAAGGGCAACUCUGUACAGAUUGUAUCGGUGGUCUCGGGUCUGUGUGUGUUUACUUCCCAAAGCUCAUGGACAUGUAGCCUGUUCUUCAUCCAUCGAAAUGUGGACCAGCUAACUUAAACAAGCGAGAAACAAAUGGAACGUCCUACGUAUCCUUAUGAUUUGCGGGCGAAGUGAGGCGGCCUUGGGGUUUCGCAUGCACGUAUCUGGCCCAAUUCCAAAGCUGCCGAAACUGAACAAUGGCCGGUGCCUCUCUGGCAUGUUUGCAAGGGUGGACAGUCUGAGGGAGAGCACAGAAUGCAAGGAAAAUUAAGUAGAAUAAUAAUAAAUUAUGUUGGAAAAAAUAGAUCUCAAUAUCCGUGGUAGCAAAUAAUAUCUUCUGUUAGCUGUGGGAAACACUUAAGAGAAGACACCUUAUUCUUUAGCAACGUACAUAUCUAUCAGUAAAGCCUAGGGGAAGGUAUGUAGUCGGAAUCUUAAUAUAGCCAAAACCAUAACGAUUUUAAACGUUUUACAUGGGGAAAGUUGCCACUGAAAGAACAGGGAGGAAUUUUACUGCAAAUCAAGAGUUUUUUAAUCAACAUCAUGCAUAGUGACCCUGCAAUUACCUGGACUAAAGCAGGAUAAGUCAGUCAUACACCUUUCACUCAGUGUUCAGUUAUAAAGCACAACCCUUCUUCAGUACUUCUAUAAAAACACAUUUUGAUGAUGCUUCAAGUCAGUUUCUAGUUAAGAAAUAUUAAACUACAUAAAUCCUGUAAAAAAAACCAGAGAUUAUGAUACAGAAAUAAAGGCCUAAAAUGACUUAAAAGCAAAAGUUAGUGGAGGGCAUAGAAAUCAAUAUACUAAUGCCUUCCUAACAAAGUGGCACAUGCUAUACAGGGAAGGAAUUCUGAUCAGAAUUCCAACUCAGUGAGACAUUCCUGUAUCUAUGUAGAUAUUUAGUAUAUUUAACAGCUGGAUAUCAGAUACCUGAUGCUAAAGAUGCAAGUUUCCUCCCUAAUUUGAGUGAAUGCCUCCUGUUUUAGGUCUCCAUAGGUGGUGGAGGAUCUCAUGGAUCAUGCAUUCUUCCUUCUGCUUUAAUUUUGAAAUGUCAGCUGCUUAGAAAUCUUUCCCUCUCACCUCCCACAAAUAGAAAAAAAUCAAGGUCUCUGCUUAUUUUAAUUAACAGAAUCAUCUGUAAGGGAGAUUAUUACAGUUGGUUUGAAUUUUAUUUUAAAAUAUUAAAUUACUAUAUGCAGGGUUUUUUUGUACUGUACUUAAAAUAAUCUAUUUAGGAGCAUAAGAGUGUGUUCCUAUAAUCCCUUCUGGUUGAUGGAUGUGAAGGCUUAAAUUAAAUUUAAAGUUCAAAUGAACAUGUUGUAGAACAUAAACCAAUUAGGAGGUACGCUUUGCUAUUAAGAAUUUCAGUUCAGCUCCCUUUGCAGCACUGUAACAUUUAAAAUGUCCUUAAAGACUUUCUUUCUGAUGCCUUAACUUAUUUGCAUUUGCUAAAAUUUUGUAGCUGGUGCCUGUGUGCAGAAAUUAACUGACAUUAAACCAUUUGAAGUGGCAUGAGCUAGUAUAAAUCCAAUGAAAAUGCUGAAUGUGACGAUUUGUUUAUUGUUAAUAGAUUUCAAACCGUUCUGGAUUCUUCAGUGGAUAUUUAAGUUUCACAUAACUUGUCAUGUAACAAUGUCUUCAUUAGUUUUAAUACAUUGAGGAAUUGUACAAAAAUCCAUGGAAAAUGUGAAUAAAUGAAUGGGAGAUAA